AUGUCGGAUAAUAGACUAAUCGAGAGAGAUAUGGAUAUGGCUCUCAAAGCAAAUACAUUACCCGCAGCUGCUUAUGCCCACAUUGUCACCAAUCUGCCUUCCGAUCACGUCUUAACCAUCACAUGCUUCUCUAUUUGUUCUUUGGCAAGUGUUAUUAUUUCUGCCUACUUGCGAUUAACUGCUCCUACACAUGUAGCUAAUAGCGGAAAUACCCUACGUUCCAAAUAUCAAACAAAGGAAAACAGCAAAACUAUGAUUAUUUACUUCUCCCUUUCACUUAAUGAAUUGUUGACAGGAAUAAUAAUGGUUAUUCUUAUUUAUGUUAUCUACAGAAAUGAUGGAGCAGUUGAGAUAAAAAACAUUGGUUAUGCCGCGGAAAUGCUCGAUUUGGUUACCGCUUAUCGUGUUUUGGUAAUCAACGUAGCCUUGAUAUAUUAUUGGUCCAAAGAGAAACAUGCACGCAAAGUGAAGAACAUAACAAGCCACAACGCUGAAGAUCAUUUUAAGGCCAUGAAAGAGAUGUGGAAAUGA